CCAAGUUGAUUCGAUCUUAAAUACCACUCAAUAACAUUUCUUCACACGCAAAAGGUACCUAAUCAUGUAGAAACUCAUCAUUAUUCUCCUUUCAAGUACCGGUCCGAAAAGUUUCUACGUAGAAUUAUUUACAAAGCGAAAGGAAGCGCAGAGACGUUUGGGAAAAGCAGCAGCGCGCACAGGGCUCCAGGAAUUUUCGCUGAGAGGCCCCUACUCAAACUUCCUCAAGGAGCCACGGAAAGUAAAACAUCUUUUCUCUGGUUUAAGUUUCCCGGAGCCCUGGAACCUGGAACAGGCGCGGAGAGACGGACGGGGUCUUUACCCAAUAGCGUUGCAGAGAGGCGGUCCAGUUCGCGGCCGCUCCAAUCGGCACGCAGAGGGUUGGCGUCUCCAAGGUGAAGGCGGAAGUAAGGCUUUGCGGCGCGCCAUGGAACCGCUCCUGCAAAACCUGGAGCGCUUUUCCGAGGUCAUGGCCAUCUCCCGCACGAGCCACGUCGGCACCUGGGACUCGGCGACUGUGCGCAGGGCACUGCAGUGGGCGCGCUACGUGCGUCACGUCCACCGGCGCUUUGGUCGCCAUGACCGCAUCCGCACAGCCCUGGAGCGCAGGCUGCACAGCCAGUGGGCGCGGGACGGCGGCCUUGGGCUGGGUCCUGUCCCGGGCCUGACGAACUUCGAGGCCCUCGGAUACAGUGAUGUCCUGCUGUCCCUACGCCUGUUGAAGAAUCGGGCCCUCGGGGAUGCUGCCCGUCUCCAACUCCUCCAGCAGCUCUUUCCCGGCCCUGGAGCCCCAGACGGCGACCCAGAGGAUUCUCUGCAAGACAAACUGGCCCGCCUUGCCCGCCGCCGCUCUGCUGUCCACCUGCUGAGUGUCAGUGCCUGUAGAGACAACCCAAAUCUUCAGGAAGACCCGCUGAUGAAGACCCAGGCAGAGCUGCUGCUGGAGCGUCUGCAGGAGGUCGGGUCGGCCCAAGAGGAGGGCCCCAGCAGGUUUCUUAGCAGCCUGUGGGAGCGCUUGCCUCGGGACAACUUCGUGAAGGUGAUAGCUGUGGCGUUGGUGCAGGGGCCUCAAGCAGAGCUGGAAGGGCGCAGUCCUCGAGCACUCGGAAAAGAGAGUCAAGAGCUAGUCCGUUGGUUACUGGAGAAGGCAGAGAUCAUGGCUGCUUUUUGCCGGAACAAUCCAGCUGGACUUUUAGCUUCUGUGGCAGUCCGCCACCCUGCACUUUCUCAUGUCUAUCUGUCCUUGCUUACAGACUGGGGUCGACACCUGCACUAUGAUCUUCAGAAAGGCAUUUGGGUUGGAUCGGAUUCCCAAGAUGUGCCGUGGGAGGAGCUGUAUGAUAGGUUCCAGAACCUCUGUCAGACAGCCACACCUCUGAAAGAUGAAGUUCUCGCUGCCCUGGAGUCCUGCAAGGUGCAGGAUGGAGGGUUUGAGGUCCCUGGACUUAGCGUCUGGACCGACCUGCUGGUGGCUCUGCGUAGCACUGCAUGACGCUGCCUGUGGCGGGAAGGCAACUUUCAGAUCUCACCCAGGCCCCACAUCCAAAUGGGCCACGUCCUGCUGCUAAUUAGAUGUAAUAGUUUCCAAGAUGAAAAUUUCGGUGUUCUCACCAAGUCCAUUAUCACUUACUGUGUCCAAAAAUCAUUGUUUUAUUGUUUCAAGUGCUAAUUUUGAGUUGUUAUAAUAAUAAAUAUGUACAGUAAUUAUC